AUGCCGAAGUUGACCCGUGAAGUGAGUCUUGCGAGUAGCAGUGGGCGGGUGUCUGUUUUGGAUACCCUGAUGCUGCGUCCACCCACCGAGCAUGCUGAUUAUGUGUCAUGCGAUCGGGGUUACCCUUUCGGUGAUGAAGGUUGUGCGACUCCUUUGAUAAGCUCUGACGCAGCUUCUGACUCUGGUGUGGAUUCUCUAGUGUCUACUGUUAUCUCGCCUCAUGUAAACCGUGAAACUAGUACCCCAACAACUAGGUCGGAACAGCUGGCAAUAUUGCUUGCUCGCAAUUAUCACUCGGCUCCCGCUUGUUCAUUGGAUUUCAUUAGUAUAACUUCAAGCAUUUAUCUGAGUCAUGAUGAGGAGCGCGAUUCAGAGAGGACUUUACUUGGAAGUCCUGGUGAGCAGGUUUUGAGAGCAGAUGUACCUUCAUCAUUGCUUUGCACAGGCGUGGCAGCAUCUCCAACUUCAACGUUAGGCGAUAAUGAUGAGUACCACAGUAACGAUUCAAUAAUCGAUGAAGACAACGUUUUUUUGAAAUCCAUGUCUAGCAGUGGCCAGGCAUCUACAGAUGCCCCCUCUGAAGCGGAUGAGGGUGCCUCUGUCUGCGCGCUGGUAGAGAUGCAUAACGCUUCUGAAGCUCAUAAAUCUAUGCAAGAAGAUGAUGUUGUGACGUCUGAGUUACCGCUUGGGCGUAUGGUCCACCGCCACUGUGUCGAGAUGGGAACUAGUCCAAUGUGUGCCACUGGCGGUCCCGCACUAUCUCAAGCUCUGACUACAUCAGCAACUGGUGGUUGUGGUGUCGAUGCUAGCACUAGCCCUAUAGAUUCUGCGAAGAAGUCUAUUCCCGUGUACAGCCGAAAUUUGCUUUACCGGAUCCGUGUGCCCUUGGCGCAGCGACUUCGCAAUGCUUGUUCUAAUUUCAGUGAGGAGAACAUUACCCCUGGUAGCAGCACUAAUGAUGCCAACAAGAGGAGUGAUAGUCGCAGUGUGUCUCUAUCUUUGAGUUUCCGUGACCUUGAUUCGGAUGACAGGAAAGAGAGGACAUCUCUGCCCCCGGACUCAUCGCCUGAAUCCGGAACCGUCAUGGAAACGCAUGAUUCACCACAGGCAGAUGUUACAUUCCGUAAGAAGGCUCGUCUAAUGAGCUCUGUUAGCAGUCGUAAACGGCCGAGGUUAAAGAGUACUUCUCCUCAUGGCGGGCUUGUUGUUGCUGGGGAGUUAUGGCGCAGCGGUUCAAUGAAGUACAUUGGUGCUGGUUCAGGCGAUACCACAAUGGUAGAAAAGCACGGAAGUCGUUCGUCUAUGUUGAAGCAGCUUCUUUUGAACCACUACUACCUUUGUUCCGCGGCAAAAUUGUAA